GUAAACACGGUUGGCCUCGGUAAGCAGUAGUAUAUAAGCACAGUAAAACAUCAUCCAGCAUUCAGAACCUUAAAGCUUAGACAGACCGUAGCAGAUACGAUGCUGUUCAUCUUUGUGCUCGCAGUAGCGGCUACUGCUCAGGAGAUACCGAUUACAGGCGACACCAAGCCAGAAGGGUGCCAUUUCCCGUUUGUAUAUGAGAACGUGACGUACACCAGCUGCAUACUGAACGACCUGGGCGCACUCUGGUGCUCUCUAGACGCCGUGUACGUGGGCAACUGGAAGGAAUGCGGAGAAGAGGAGUGUGUGUUCCCCUUCUACUACGACCACCAUUACCAGGACUUGUGCGUGGACACGGACCAUAACGGGGACGGCGGUUGGUGUUCCCUGGACCCUGUCUAUGAGGGGAAUCAAGUACAAUGUGGCAGACACUGUGGUGGAAUCGUCGACCACGACCACGGCCAAAUCAACACCCCCGACUACCCGGCCCCCUACGACAACAACUUGGACUGUUUCUGGACCAUCCAGGCCCAUGGCGGCACCGUCGAAAUCACUUUCCAGGACUUCAGUCUGCAAGCUGGGAAUUCCGUCUUUGGGACCUGCGAAAAUGAUUACCUGGAGAUCUUCUCUGGGUACAAUUCUCUUGGACGUUGGUGCGGUACCUCACACCCUGGACCGGGUGUGUUCCACGACGACGUGACGCUACACCUGGUCUCGGACGGCAGCAUCACCAGCACAGGCUUCAAUAUCAAGUACAAGGUGGAGGGAAGCGACCAUCAUAACUUUGGACCCGGGCAUCCGGACUACUGUGGAGACCAGCUGCACGGGCACGACGGAGAAAUAUCAUCUCCCGGUUACCCGACCGCCUAUGAGAACAACGUCGACUGCACUUGGACCAUGUCCGGGAAGAGCCACUUCUUGGUGUUGCAGUUCCACGACUUCGCCCUGGAGAAGUCGACCAUAUACGAUGGGUGUUCGUACGACUACGUCGACAUUUUCAAGGGAAACGAACGUGUUGGGCGUUUCUGUGGCGACACCCUUCCCCCCACGGUGAUUUCCUACGACGAGGACGUCACUAUCAGGUUCAAGACGGACGCGGACACAGUGGACCGAGGUUUCCGCUUCAGCUGGGUGUACACCGAUGAUCCUGGCAGUGGCGAUGGCAGUCUUCCCUGAACAAAACGACAACACAUACAACGCCUCAACUUCCGCAUGAUCCAACUUUGACAAAGCACUCUGCCAUCUUUGAGAAUCGCACGAUGCAGCCAAGGCCAAAGAGACCGAUAGUAUUCCAGAGGAGUUAGACGGUACAGUUUGUAACCUAUGGUAGAGGCUUGACUUUGAUAUGAAGUAAUACACGAAAGUAGACUGUAAGGAAUGUGUUGUCAAAUACUUUAAUACAAUCAGUGUACAUGUAGCUAAGGCAGGCUGACAACAUUUAGUAACCUUCAGCAUGCCAUGAAAGUUCUGCAUAUUAUUACUACCUGUCCAUUGUUUCUCAGUACAAUAAAGGUUACUAACAAAACUGUUCUGCAGUCUGGCAUCAUAUGUUGCAAUGGACCAUUCUAAUAUGCUAUGUGACUAGUUAGACUAUUGCAGUUGGAGUGGGCUACUUAAAUCACAAUAAUGUGCAUUGAGCAAUGUUCACAUAUAAAGCAAAAAUUUGACAUAUACAUAAAUAUACCAGUCCAUUCAGCAAAGGUAACAAGACUUCUGAGAACUAUUCUGGGUUUUCGUAACUGAAAACUUGAAGUUUACCCCAUUUCCUGUGUCUGACCUUUUGCCUUCUUCUUUGUCAAUCUGCCUAUCUUCCCCUACCCACAAACUCUCAACCUAUUCUCAAGCUCACCUCAUUCCUUGUGUUUGACUUCUGACCUGUCAUUCUGCCUGUCAAUCUUCCCCCUCCCACAUGCUGCCAACCAACUCUGUCCAAACAAACGGACACACAAACUUACAGUUCAGGCACCCAAAACAAUACUUCUGUAACCAUAAGCAACUGUGAAGACUGCACCCUUCAUAAAUCAGUUUUGGAGACAACCAUGACUGUUAUCUAUAAC